CAGCCACCGUCGCCAUUAGCUCCGGGUAAAGUCAUCCACCCUCAAAUUCAGGAGCGAGGUGGAGGAGUGCUGGUUUCCUUGCACAGGCUGUUCAGGGACUCUUUACCUGAAAGAGAAGCUGGAGACACUCUUUUUAAAGGCAGUUUUUCCUGGGUCACGGGCCAAUGAUGGAGGAGCCAGUUGCAUGUUGGCCUGAAGCAGGAAGAGGCCCUGAUGUCUGCAAUGCGAGUGUGUUCACUUUUGAUGAGGUCUCUGUGUCUUUCUCCCCGGAAGAGUGGGCCCUGCUAGAUCCUGACCAGAGAGCCCUGCACAAGCAAAUCAUGGUGGAGAUCCAUGAGAUCAUGGCCUUUCUUGCAGAAAAUUGGAGGAAAGGAUAUGUCCGUGCUAAGUAUGGGAUGCGUUCUAGGCAGAACUUGGAACUUAGCAGCAACCAGGAAGCCCAAGAAUCAGAAAAUAAAAGUGGUAUCAGAGCGGAGCCCCACAAAUGCCACGAAUAUGGGAAAUGUUUGACGCAAGAUAUCGCACUUGUGCCACAUGCAAUGCUCCAUGCUGGAAGAAAACACUAUUCAUGUGAAGUGUCUAUGAACCAUGAAGAGGCCCAAACAGUAAAGAAAAAGCAUAAAUGCCAGCAGUGCGGGAAAUGUUUUGCUUACAAUUCGUUCCUUAUGGCACAUCUAAGAGCGCACACAGGAGAAAAACCGUUCAAAUGCCAGCUGUGCGGCAAAUGUUUUGCGCAAAAGGCAUGUCUUAUGAUUCAUCAGUGGGUGCAUACAGGAGAGAGGCCGUACAAGUGCCAGGAGUGUGGGAAAGGGUUUGCUCGAAAGGCGUGGCUUGUGGCUCAUCAGAGGGUGCAUACAGGAGAGAAGCCACACAAAUGCCAGGAGUGUGGGAAGAGUUUUUCUCAGAGUUCCUCCCUUCUGUGCCAUCAGAGACUCCACACAGGAGAGAAACCAUACAAAUGUCACAAGUGUGGGAAAUGUUUUGGACACAAGUUGCAUCUCAUGAAACAUCAAGUAAUGCACACAGGAGAAAAACCCUACAAAUGUCAGGACUGUGGGAAACAGUUUCUUGUAAAAUCAUACCUUGUGCAUCACCGGCGAGUCCACACAGGAGAGAAACAACACAAAUGCCCUGAGUGUGGAAAGCGAUUUUUUGGUAAUUCAGCCCUUCUAAUCCACCAGAGAGUCCACACAGGAGAGAAACCAUACAAAUGCCAGGAGUGUGGGAAAUCUUUUGCUCAUCGUUCAGGCCUUGUAAGUCACCAGAGAAUCCACACAGGAGAGAAACCCUACCAAUGCCAAAUAUGUGGGAAAGAGUUUUCUUGGAAUUCAGGCUUUGUGAAGCAUCAGAAAAUGCACACAGGAGAGAAACGAUACACGUGUCGGGAGUGUGGGAAAUGUUUUUAUACCAAAUCACAACUGGUGCAGCAUCAGAAAAUCCACUCCGGAAACAAACCAUACAAAUGUGUGAUGUGUGGGAAAUGCUUUGGUCAGAAGGCCAACCUUGCGAAACAUGAGAGGACGCACACGGGAGAGAAACCCUAUAUAUGCCAGGAUUGUGGGAAAUGUUUUGCUCAGAACGCAAACCUUGCCAGCCACCAGAGAGUUCACACAGGAGAGAAACCAUACCAAUGCCAAGAAUGUGGGAAAGGGUUUUCUUGGAUUUCAGAGUUUGUGAGGCAUCGGAACAGCCACACGGGAAACAAACCAUACCAAUGUGAAAUGUGUGAAAAGGGUUUUUUCCAGAAGUCUGACCUUGUGAAGCACCGGAGGAUACAUACAGGUGAGAAACCAUACAAAUGCCAGGAGUGUGGGAAGUGUUUUGCUCGGAACGCGCACCUUCGAGGCCACCAGAGUGUCCAUACAGGAAAGAAACCGUACCAGUGCCAGGAGUGUGGGAAAGGGUUUUCUUGGAAUUCAGACCUUGUGAGACAUCAGAGCAGCCACACAGGAAACAAACCAUACAAAUGUGAAAUGUGUGAAAAAAGUUUUCUUCAAAAGUCUGAGCUUGUGAAGCACCAGAGAGUGCACACCGGUGAGAAACCAUACAAAUGCCCAGAAUGCGGGAAAGGUUUUGCUCAGAAGCCUCACCUUCAAGUCCACCAGGCUGUCCAUACGGGACAGAAACCAUACCAGUGCCAGGCAUGUGGGAGAGGGUUUUCCUGGAAUUCAGACCUCGUGAGGCAUCAGAAAACCCACACAGGGGAGAAACUACACACAUGUCAAGAGUGUGGGAAAUGCUUUUAUCACAAUUCACAACUUGUGCAGCAUCGGAAAAUCCACACAGGAAAGAAACCACACAAAUGCGAGGUGUGCGAAAAAUGUUUCGGUCGGAAGUCCGACCUUGUGAAGCACACGAGGAUACACACAGGAGAGAAACGGCACAAGUGCCAGGAGUGUGGGAAAUGCUUUACUGAAAGUUCAGGCCUCGUGAAGCACCAGCGAAUCCACACAGGAGAGAAACCAUACAAAUGCCAGGAUUGUGGGAAAUGUUUUGCUCACAACGUACAGGUUUUGCGCCACCAGACAGUCCACACAGGGGAGAAACGAUACGAAUGCCAGCAGUGUGGAUAUUGUUAUACACAGUAUUCAAGCCUUCAGCGCCACCAGAAAAUCCACUCAGAAGACAAACCACACCAGUGUUAUGAGUGUGGAAAAUCUUUUGUGAAUAAGAGAAGCCUUGUAAAGCACCAGAAAAAGCACACAGGGAGAGAAACCAUAUAA